CAAUUAGAUAUGUACACGAUUCGCAUAGUAUAUAUAAUCUCGAACACAAUUACUUUUUAGCACACAAUCAAGUUGUAGAUACAACGUUAUCAAGUUGUAGAUACAACGUUAUACCGAAAAUUUAUACAUCACCGUUCAAACAACAUCCGUUGGAGAGCAUGGCAGACAUGUAUAUUAUGAGAACUAUCUACGAACAUGACAACAUACCCGAAGGCACGCACGUUCGUGUGUUGUCUCAAAGUGCCAACUGGGCCAUAUGCACCAGCGAUAUCACUAAUAGUACAUUAUUCCGCAUACCCUUAAACUACCUAGCGCA